CACCCACACUCAGCUGCAAGCCGAAAACAACAACAAUAGUAUUUCGUAGCAACUGUUGGAAAAAUCGUGUGUUUCUCAGUAUUUCGUGAAAAAUAACCAACAGAAAAUGGUUGAAUCAAUAGCAGAUGACAGCAAAAGCCCGACAGACGACGGGCCUCAGAAUUUGCUGGAUGCAUUCAACGUACAGGACAAAACAAGGGUGUGGGAAUUGAUAGGGCAGCUACCGGCAACCGAUCAAACGGAAGAUCGAUUCGAAGAAGCCUAUGAAGAGUACUCGGAAGUGCUAUCGAAGUAUCAGGAGCAGCCGCACCUGCUGGAUGGAAAUCUGGAAGAGCUGGUGCAGGGGAUUUUGGCUUACAUUUUGGACGCGGAACAGAGUGUGCAAGUGAAACACAGGGCCGCAAAGUAUUUGUAUCAAAUAUGCAAAGUGCGCACAUUCAAAGCCUUCCAAAGGCAUUUGCCCCAUGAAGUUAAACAUUUGAGUUAUGUGCUGGGUUAUUUGGAGCAGCAGGAUUUGGAAGAUUGGAAAAAUUGGGAGACCAGAUUUCUGUGUUUGCUGUGGCUUUCAAUAUUGGUUUUGAAUCCGUUCGACCUGAGCCGACUCGACAGUAACGAUGGGGAGAAAAGUACGAUGGAACGGAUUUACGAAGUAUGCAAAGCCAACUGUCUCAAGGAUGACAGCUGCACUCCGAUUGCUGCCUUUUUGUCCGCUAAGUUUUUGAUUAGAAACGAUGUGAAAACAGUUUAUUUAGAGCAAUUUUUAUGUUGGGCCAGUUCCUGCGCCGAUAUCGUUGUCGAUCCCAAACUUGGUCCUCUGUCAGCGAUUGCAUGUGUUUUAAAACAUGGAAAACGUGAAGAUCUGCUUCAAUAUGUAGAGAAACUUGCCGAGUGGAUACUUCAUCUGGAUUACGACCAAGUGUCUAAGAAUUUCAAAGUUUACAAAAUAUGUAUCAAGAUAUGCCAACGUAUCGGACUGGUUUUGCUUCCUCCUCGAAUCGCAAAGUGGAGAUAUCAACGGGGAGCGCGUUCUCUGCUAGCUAACGUCCAGAAAACGAUUACAACCACAUCCCUGCAGGAGGCCGCAGUCAAAUUGGACGAAUCGUCUCCAGAUGAAGCGGAAGAUGAUGACGACGAAGUUCCAGCUGAGCUCGAGGAAAUCAUCGAACGCUUGCUACUUGGCUUGAAGAGUAACUCUACCAUCGUUCGAUGGAGCUCCGCGAAAGGGAUCGGUCGUUUAACUAACCGGCUUCCAAAGGUUCUCGGCGACGAAGUUGUUUCAUCGGUAAUUGAAUUGGUUAAUCCAUUAGAGCAGGAUGAUGCGUGGCAUGGGGCAUGUCUAGCCCUCGCAGAACUAGCCAAACGCGGCCUGCUGCUUCCAGCGAGACUUCCCGAAAUAGUCCCGUUGCUGUUGCAAGCGCUCGUAUACGAUGAAAUGCAGGGAUACCGAAAUGUUGGGCAAAACAUACGGGAUGCUGCCUGUUACAUGUCUUGGGCUUUCGCUAGGGCAUAUCACCCCGCUAUCCUGCAACCUUUUGUCGAACGUAUUGCAUCCGCUUUGCUGGUGACAGCUGUGUUCGACAGGGAAAUCAACUGCCGAAGGGCUGCCUCUGCCGCUUUCCAGGAAAGCGUUGGCCGACUGGGGAACUUCCCGCAUGGCAUCGAUAUCCUCACGACGGCGGAUUUUUUCUCCGUGGCAGUAAGAAGCAACGCGUUUCUUCAGAUUAGCGAUUUCAUCGCUCAGUUCGAGGAAUACCGGCGGAAGUUGAUUGACCACCUUAUCGCCAGAAAAGUUAACCACUGGGACACCAACAUCCGUGAGCUAUCAGCUCAGGCUUUGAGCAAUCUGGCGAAACGCGACCCUUCGUAUAUGCGGGAAAAGAUCCUCUCCAAAUUGUUCGAUUUGACCGAGACGACGGAUCUCAACGCUCGCCAUGGAGCUACAUUGGCUCUUGGUGAGAUUAUCCUCUCACUUCGGGGACUCGAGGGGGCAGGUUUAAUUCCAAAUCCAUUGAUCGAGCGUGGCGGGCAGCUGGUGAUGAAAUUUCGACAACGUGGACAAUUUAAAGGGAUGAGCGGCACAUAUAUGAAACACGGUUGUGCCAGCUUCAUCAAGAAUUGUAGCGAAGCCCAACUAACACUGACCGAGGAGCAAAUUGAAUCCUGGCAACUAAUUCUUGACGAGUCCAUUAUCGACGAGAAAACAACAACCAGGGAACUAGCAGUCAGUGCGUUUUCAUCCUUCUGCUCGACCUUCUACCGCACGGAGGAUUCAUCUAAGAUGGCCACUCUGAUCGAUGGCUAUCUGAAGGAUCUUCGCAGUACCCAAACCGAACACAAAGCCCAGGGAAUUGUGUCUGCUCUGGGUGUGCUGCCGAAAUUUAUGCUACAACUCCGACUGCGGGAUAUUAUUGACGCGAUAGACGAGAGAACCGUCCUACCGGAAAUGUUUGCCGUGGGAUACAAUCAAUCGGAGAUGAGGCGCGAUUGCAUCAAAGCGUUAGUUAACAUUGUUAAAACGGUUGGCUUCGAGGAUGAUGCUAUGGAUUUGGAUAAAGUUUAUAAAAUCUUCCUGCGCGCGCUGGAAGAGUAUGCAAUCGAUAACCGGGGAGACAUUGGAUCGUGGGUACGUGAGGCUGGCAUCAAUGCCUUGUUUCAAUUCCUGACAUCGUGCCCAGUCAAAUUGCUGACUCCUGAAUAUGUUCAUCAAGCAAUGGUAGGGAUCGCGAAGCAAGCAGUGGAAAGGAUCGAUAAGAUACGAGCUGUUGCCGGCAAAAUGUUUGUCUCUCUACUUUACAGCCAACCAGAAAUUCCACACAUUACUCACAGAGAGGACCUCCAGAAAAUAUUCCCACAGGACAACACAGAAAUCUUGUGGUUAUUCCCGCAUCACACAUUCCCACUGUUCAUCGAACUGCUUAAUUAUCCCGAGUAUGUAGAAAGUAUUACCGGUGGACUAAUAUUAUCUGUUGGGGCUCCAACUGAAUCGCUACAUAGUUGCGCUGCUAAAACAAUGAAUGAAUAUCUAAACACCCAUCAAUCCUUCGUACCCCAUUUCGGGGCAACCGCACUGAAAAUACUUCAAGACAGAUCCAUUAAGGACACUCUUUUCAUGACAUCCACCUUCCAGUUCAUAACGGAGCUGCUGUCGUCCUCUUCGAACUCUCGCAUCCUACUGACGACCGACGAGUGCGCAGACUUUCCGGAGGCGAUUUUCAACCUGAUAAACAACAUCAUCGCACACAACAAGAAACAUCUGAGCUCGGUUUCCGUGUACUGCGCGCUCAUGCUGGCACCGAAGAUCUGCAAGCGGGUUCUCAGCAAGUUGGUGAUGUAUCUGGGAAUGCUUUGUGUUAACAUACGACGCGAGACGGCCCUUAAGAUGUACGAAACCAUACUGGUGUACGGAGAUCAAACAUGCAUUCCGGAGGAGAAUUUGGACGACGUUUUAGCUUGUUUGAGCGAGGAGAAGUGGGAUGGAGAACUGGAAGAAGCCAGAAAAUGGCGGAACAAUCUUUGUCAUCUCAUGGGUAUUAAGCCACCGGUGGCAAGAGUAAAGAAAUAAAGCGCAUAGGUUGCGUUCGUGUGGAAUUGAACACUAUCGGAAAAAAAAUUUAUUGAUUGAAUUUUUCAGUUAUAGAGACUUGAAACUACAAGUUCAUUCACUUCUAGCCUUGGAAAGGUUAAUUGGAUGAUCGAUAAAUGAAUGAUCCUAUAAUUAAAUUAACGAACGAUCGCUUAGUUAGCGAACACGCCACUAUUUGGCUACGAACUCCUUCUGGAACUAAUUGAGCACAAUGCAUUCGUAUUUAUAUUGAACCAGUAUAUGUUAUUUAUUACGCUUUAGAUGCCUCACACACAAUGAUGAUUUAUCCAAUAAAAUAACGCUUCAAAUACA